AUGUCCUUUUUCCCAGCACCGGCUGUUAAUACAAGUGGUACGUUUAGUACAAUGGCCAACCAAACGGACUUGGCAAAUGAUAUCGUAAUCAAUAAUCCUGCUGAAGACUCUAUUUCUGAUAUUGCGUUCUCUCCACAAAACGAUUUCUUAUUCUCAGUUAGUUCAUGGGAUGGUAAAGUUAGAAUCUGGGAUGUACAAAGUGGAACUGCCCAAGGUCGUGCACAAUACGAACAUAGUGGUCCCGUAUUAACCACUAGAUGGAGCAGUGACGGUUCUACUGUAGCAUCAGGUGGAUGUGACAAUACAGUUAAAGUAUUUGACGUUGCUACGAGCCAGUCACGUCAAGUUGGUUCUCAUUCUGGGGCCAUAAAAUCCCUAAGAUUUGUUAAUUGUGGUCCGAGUAAUGCGGAAUGUUUAGUUACUGGUUCAUGGGAUAAAACAAUAAAAUAUUGGGAUUUAAGACAACCUAAUCCUAUUACUACAAUAAUGAUGCCAGAUAGAGUAUAUACGAUGGAUAAUAAAUCUCAAUUAUUAGUAGUCGGUACGGCAGAGAGACAUAUUGCAAUUAUCAAUCUAAAUAACCCAGGAACAAUAUUCAAAGCGACACAAUCACCUUUAAAAUGGCAAACAAGAGUUGUGGCGUGCUACAAUGAAGGGGAUGGUUAUGCUAUCGGAUCUGUUGAAGGUAGAUGUGCCAUUAGAUACGUCGAUGAUGAAAUGCAAAAGAAGAGUGGAUUUUCAUUUAAGUGUCAUAGACAAUCAAACCCAAAUAGAGCCGCUGGAUCACAAAAUCAAUCUUUGGUUUAUCCAGUGAAUAGUAUAGCGUUCCACCCUGUGUAUGGUACUUUUGGUACUGCAGGUGGUGACGGGUGCUUCCAUUUCUGGGAUAAAGAUCACAGACAUAGACUAAAAGGGUUCCCAAGUCUUCAGGCCUCUAUCCCAGUUGUUAAUUUCAAUAGAACUGGUUCCAUAUUUGCAUACGCUUUGAGUUAUGAUUGGCAUCAAGGUUAUACUGGCAACACGCCGAACUAUCCAAACGUUAUUAGACUACAUCCAACUAGAGAUGACGAAGUUAAAGAAAAAAGGAAGAAAUAA